AUGAGCCGAAUUGCUAGUGAAGCGACUAGUGCAGACUCGAAUCGCGGGGUUGACCGCGCUGGUGAUCCCAGUAGCACCGCACGAAACGAUGGAGGAACACAUCCGGGAAGGUGUCCGCAGGAGGAGGAGAGCGCCAGCCUGGACCAUCAGGAGACGGUGAAGCGACGCAAGAUGCUGCCGUCAGCGAGUCAUCAGGGGGCGACGAUGGUGGGGUCAAUGGAGAGGCGGCGACCGCCGUUGCUGAAGUACAGGUGCUCAGAGGACGAGGAAGGUCACGACGCGAGGCACAUCCCCAAGCGUUCCUGCAUUCGCGAGUGCACGGCGAAGUUAUCGAGUGUGGACGACGUCGGAAGCGCAAUCGCGCCGGCCGAUACGUGCUCGAGUACCAAGUCGCGUACGGGACAGUGGCGGACGGUCCCGUGGGGAAACGGUGGCUUGAUGUCGACAAGUGUAAAGCGCCGUUGGACGCAGGCAAGCUCGAGGACGAGCUUGGAGGGGAUGGCGAGUAGGCGAAGCGCGCGUCGACUGCGUGACACUGCGCAGAGCCCCGAGGUAGUGACAAUAGAUCUGACCGGCGAGUGA